AUGAAGUCAUUCCCUCUGCUCUCGCCCACCGCGGCGCUGCUGCUUACUGCGGUGCAAGUGGUCUUGGGAAAGAUACCUAACUGCCCGUACCCAGGUGCUGCUUUCCCGAAACCAACGGCCCUGGCUACGUCCGAUAUAAUAAAAACCGUAGUCGCGAACCUAACAGCGACGUUUGACGCGCGCGGCUCGGACCCCGCUACGAAUCCGAACGGGACGUCGUGGUCGAUACAAGUCUUCUCAGCCUCGGAUAGUGAUGACACGCCGGUCUGGAGUCAUUACCAUACUGCGACGGAUCUCCUGACUUCUGAUACACCUGGUGUUAAAAGUGUUGAUGGAGAUACGGUUUACCGGUUGGGAAGCGUGACUAAGAUCUUUACGAUCUUGACUUUUCUGAUCGAGGCUGGUGAUACGUAUUGGAAUACGCCUGUGACGCAAUGGGUUCCGGAACUUGAACUGCUUGCUGGGAAGGCCCAGUAUGAUCCGAUUAUGAAUGUGGAUUGGGAUAGUAUUACCCUGCAGGACUUGGCGAGCCAUAUGGCGGGGAUCGUGAGAGACUAUGCCAUCGAGGGGGAACUGACGCAAGAAAAUAACCAAACCACCUUAGAAGCGAAGGGGUUCCCGCCGGCGCCGAGGAAUGAGACUCCGACUUGUGGAGAGGCGAUAAAAUGUGGUCGUGAACAAUUCUUCACCGGUCUAGCCAACGUCCCACCAUCCUUCUCGCCCUCAUGGACGGCCGGGUACUCGAAUAUGGGGUACCAAGUCCUAGCCUAUGCGCUCGAAGCCAUAGUCCGAAAGGAUUUCGCGCAAAUGCUACAGAGCGACGUCAUCAACAAGCUUGGUCUUGAUCACACGUUCUACCAGAAGCCUCCGGACGACAGCAUAGGCGUCAUCCCUGCGGGUCAUGAGAAUGACUGGAGUUUCAGUAUUGGCGAGUCCAGCCCGACCGGAAAUAUGUACUCCUCGGUGAGCGACCUAUCGCGUCUGGGUCGCGCCAUCUUCAAGCACACCCUCCUCCCACCGGCGCAGACGAGGCGGUGGCUGAAACCCACGGCCCUAACUUCCGACAUUCACGAAGGCGUCAGUUCACCAUGGGGUAUCCGACGCAUCCCGCUUACCGACGGCAGCCGGGUAGUCGACGCAUACAGCAAGGCCGGUAGCAUCAACGUGUACAUGUCCCUCCUCGUACUGCUUCCAGACUACGACGUCGGAAUCGUGGCACUGCUCGCCGGUGGGUGGCCCGGAAACUCGAACUGGGACAUCGCAGACGCGAUUGGCGCUGUACUAGUCCCCGCGCUCGAGGAAGCGGCCCGCGAAGAAGCCGAGGCUGCGUACGCGGGGACAUAUAGCGGUGACAGUGGGUUAAACAGCACCUUGGUCCUAAGCACGGACCCCUCGCGUCCAGGUCUCGGGAUUGAUAAAUGGGUGAGCAAUGGAACAGACAUGAUCCCGGUUGCUGUGCGAUACACGUUGAAUUACAACGUCACGGCUCCUGCUAUCCGGAUCUAUCCCGCCGGGCUCGAGUCCAAGCCUGCAGACGAUGGGACGAAGAAAGUGGCUUUCAAGGCCGUGGUAGAGAAUCUGGAUCUCGAGGAUCAUAGCGCGGAUAUGUUCUCGACGAAUUGCGGGACUUGGGUUAGUCAGACGACGGCUGUGUAUGCGGACAUGCCGUUAGAUCAGUUUGUGUUUACGGUCAAUGAGAAUGGGGAGGCGGUUAGUGUGCAGCCGUUAGCUUUGAGAGCGACGUUGUCGAAAGAUACGUAA